AUGAGUAAAGCCAUGAAAUGGGGUGAAUUGAAGAGAAAGCCAAGACUUGGCCAAAAAUUGGUAUGGGAUGUUAUGGUCUUACCUACCACGGCUUUGACAAAUGAAUAUACUAUACUAGAUAUCUCUGACCCAUACAAAUGUGGUGCUCUACUCAAUAAAGGUCAAUGGCUUGAUCCAGGUCCAAGAUGGAGUUCCCGAAAUCCUUUUCAAAAUUGGCAACCCCCAGGAUGUAUGAUGUAUGAAUACAAGCAAAAAGAUAUACAAGAAUGUUUCAAGGAUCGCAGAUUAGUAUUCAUUGGGGAUUCCACCACGCGACAAAUCUUCUGGGCAGUUGCAAAGAAGAUGGAUCAAGAAAGGGCAGAAGAAGGAAUCAAGGAACAUUUGGAGUUGGAGGAGAAACAUAAAGAUUUGGAGUUUAGUUCUUCAGGUGUUACGGUUCAAUUUAUUUGGGAUCCUUAUUUGAAUUCGACGAGACUGGAUCGAGAAUUAAAUAAAUUCAAUGCAAAUCCGGCCCAAGAUUCAGAAACGGAUGAGAGUGCUGGUUUGAUACUAUUAGGUGCUCCAGGUUUAUGGUAUGCGAGACAUGGACAGGAGAAUUUCUUCAAGGAUUUUAGGGAUUCCAUUGAACAUGUUAUUCCUUUCAUGGAUCACGAUGGAGGAGAACAUGCUGUAAAAGCAUCAUCAUCACAGCCAUUUCUUUCGAGGAAGAAAUCUCCGAAUUUCUUACUAUUAGCUCCAGUUCAGGUGCCGUGGUAUCAAGCUUUAUCACCAUCACGAGAAGAAACUAUUACACCAGAAAAGAUUGAUCAAAUGAACGAUUAUUUACAACAAGUUUCUGCACAUUCACAAGCCGACAUUGUCUGGAGUUUUUCACUUAUGACUUGGGCCGGUCGUGGAGAAUAUGAAGAAAGUGGAUUACAUGUGGUUGAUAAUGUAGCUCAUCGAAAAGCAGAUGUUCUACUUAAUCUUCGUUGUAAUGCGGAUGCAGCAGAACGUGGUUAUCCUUACGAACGAACUUGUUGUAAUAAUUAUCGAAAACCAAAUGUUAUUCAAUGGCUUAUCAUUUUGGUUGGGAUGAUAUUACUUCCUAUUUUCUUUUUAUUACGUCGUAAGCAUGUCUUACGAGUCGGAAAGUUUUUACCUCAAGCAGAGGUCCUCGGUGCUUUUAUGACUUUUGCUUUAGUAAUUUGCUACUGCUAUUACGCGGAUCGAACUCAAUUAUUUGAGAAAGAGCAAAAGCAAUUUCGUAGGAGAGAAUUUCUUAUUGCUUCUUCCUUCGUACUUAUCAUUGGUCUUCUUUCUAUUAGAUCGACUACCCCUUCGAGUCCUUCCAAAGGAAUUCAUGAAAUUGGAGCUCAUGCUCUCGAUUAUGGAUUUCUUUCGAGAGAUCAAACUGAUGAAUGGAAAGGAUGGAUGCAAUUUUUGAUCCUCAUUUAUCAUUAUACCCACGGAUCAAAAACUCUAUGGCUAUUUGAGAUUAUGCGAAAUCUUGUUGCUGGUUAUCUUUUCAUGACGGGAUAUGGACAUACUAUGUAUUUUCUGAAGAGGGAAGAUUAUUCUUUCAAAAGAGUCGCUAGUGUUUUGCUUCGACUCAAUUUGUUAACUUGUGCCUUGUCUUAUAUGAUGAGAACUGAUUAUAUGGCUCAUUAUUUUGUUCCACUUGUCAGUUUUUGGUUCUUGGUAAUUUACUUUACCUUGAAGAUAAGACAGACCGGCAAUUCCAGUACCGGAUUCUUAUUGGGGAAAAUCUUCAUUUCGGCUAUUCUUACAACGGCUUUUAUAAAAGCCCCUGGAGUUCUGGAAGUUCUAGCUUUUCUUCUCAAGUAUUCAUGUGCGAUUUCAUGGAAUAUGAAAGAAUGGAGGUAUCGCGCUGGGAUGGAUAUGUUCAUCGUUUACAUCGGCAUGAUAACAGCAAUUCUUUACUUACGUCUCACACGCAUCAAAUCCGCCUCCAUAAGUUGUACAUCUAAAAUCGAUAUCCUUCUUCGACCAAUUGCUCGUCAUCCUACUCUCUUCAAAACAGCCUCCAUAAUAGCCUCACUCAUCCUCCUGCCAGGUUUCCGUCUCUUAACCAAAAGAUCUCCCGAUAAGGAAGAUUAUCUCUGGUGGCAUCCUUAUAUCUCCUUGGUUCCUAUUCUGUCUUACAUUGCGUUGAGGAAUGGAAGUAGAAUGCUGAGGAACUAUCAUUCAGUGAUUUUUGCGUGGCUGGGGAGAUGCUCGCUAGAAACUUUCGUACUGCAGAGUCAUAUUUGGAUGGCGGCAGAUUUGAAGGGGUUAUUGCGAUUGGGGGUUUGGGGGAGGUGGACUGAGGCGGCAUUACUUACUGUGGUUUUUGGUUGGGUGGCUUGGAGGGUGCAGGGGGCUACGGAGAGGAUUGUGGGAUGGUUUGUUAAUGGAUGUUUUGGGAUGGGAGGGGGUGGCUGUGGAAAUGGGAGUGCUGGGCUGGGUGUAGGGGGACAGGAAAAAUAUAUUUUGGGUGAUGAGGUUGGUGGUGUAGGGAUGGGGAAGUUGGGAUUGGGUAUAUUGCCGACGGAUGAAGGCGGAGGUGAAGAGGGUACUCCAAGUAAACAUUUUAGGCAGGGAGGUUGGAGUGGUGGUGGAGAGGGAAGCGGGAAUGCGAAUGGGAAUGGAAAUGAGAAUGAAACGGGAGCUCGGUACUGGAGAAAUAGAAUUAUGAGGGCUUUGAGAACGGAUUUGAGAUGGAGAGUUGCUACAUGA